AUGUUGGACUUGAUGACCUUGGGCUUGAGCAUCGGCGCUCAGGAGGAGCUGCAGAAGGCUCGCCAGGACACCGGAGCGGUGUGCCACCAGCAGGAGGAGGCUGCUCCGUCUGACGCGGAAUCCACCUCGACUAUGAUGGAGGCCUGCGCGGAAGCGCUCGGUAUUAUGUCAACGAUUUUUGUCUGUGAUGCAGCUCGUGUGCAAAAAGCUAUGCUGUUUGGUGAUGGUGAGUUUGUAUCAUAGAUUUUCCUGAUGCGUGGAACGAUAGGGUGUUGCGAUUUCUGUUGCGAAACUCCCAUAUAUAAGUACAAAAAAAAAACAGAAUCCGUCUUGAACACUGUGGAAAACGCUGCGUCUUCCGUCGUGUCCGCCAUGACCCCGUCUUCCGAAAUGGUCGAGUCGGUAUUAUUAUUUUUUUUACGCAGUAUGCUUUCGUGCAUUAGAAAAUUAACUUGUAAUGCUUUGACAUGCAUCACAAUAUUGUUUUUCGCUCUGCGUUGCUUCGAUAUGCAUGACAAACACACAGGUUAUGGACAACUGCACCAUCGAGGCGCCGACGGUCGACUUGUCCCUGCCCACCAAGGCGGUGCUCAAGAAGUAAGUGGGUGGUUUGUCAUCGUCGGUCUUCUGCAUGUUCGUCAUGCAAGGCACGCAUUUUGAUUUGAGUUUUUUAUGUUUCGUCAGUUAGAAGUUGUACAAGGAAAAUGUCUGUUGCUAAUGAAUCCGAGUACCAAAAAAAUUCAAUCCUUGAAAGAUUCUACCCUCAUCUUAGACAGUACGAUACCUAGAAAAUUAUCUUGUGUCACUCUGGUGUUGCAAAGUUCCUUCCGCUUUACACUCACCUUUAGCCGCAUUCUUUAUUCUUAUUCGAACAGAUCACCAACUAAAUUAUCUUGUAGCCAAAGAAGCUGAGUAACUUCUAUUUGAGAAAGACCCCCAGCACUGUUAUGUAUGAAUGAGCCCAGUUAGGUAGUUGAGUCGACUUUGAAUUGCCCUAUUUUCCGAAAUGAAUACGUCUAGAAAUUACACACAAACAUACGUAACUACGACAAAGCAAAAAUCCGUUCAGUACUACCUAAAAAAGUCUUCGCACCUCGUUGCGGGAGUGCGGAGGCUGUGCGGCCCUGCGAACCGAUCGGAUUUGUGAAAAGUUUCAUCCAGGAAAUAAAGCAACUGUACAUUAUUCUGCUACCGUAGUUCUGGUUUUCGGGCUUUGGACUGCGGAAGCGGAGCCGUUUCGAGCUGUUGUUUGCAAAUGAACUUAGAAACAAUUUAGCGUUAUCACGCACGUAUUUACUCGUUUUCGUACUACCCAAGAACCCAGAUUGAUUUCUGCAAUUCAAGUUCGAGUCUUCCGCCCAUCUUCGUUCCUAGAACCCGGAACUGGAAGUUUGAUAACCCGCUGAAGCGAACGAAGAGCUGGCUCAUUGUUUCCUUGAAAAAAAAACAAAAACACCAAGCAGGUACUGCUGAGCAGUCAUGGCCACAGCCACUAACAGGCACGGAAAAUCUUGCAGACUCGUUGUUCUCGUUGUCGAUGACCGGUAUUCGUGACCUCCUAUGUCUUAAUUGUCAUCUCAUGAUCGUUUUAGACGAGGGUCCGCAGGUAGUUCCCACAUAGAAAUCGAAGCAGAGCGAAGGAGCGUCGUGUCUCUAAGUACUAUAGUCGCGACGUGAAUUUUCUGGUGGACUUCGCUUGAGAUGAGAA